GAACUGGUUUGCUAAUGGGAAAAGCAAACAGCAAGGAGUGCGAUAACUAAAAGUUUCUUCCAACACGGUAAGCUCAAGUAAAAGCUGGCUAAACCGCUUUAGGAUCAAAUACCACAGAAACAUGCCUUUAAAAAAAGUGAUUGAUUUAUUGAUAUAUAAAAAGAUGCAUGUAGGUUAAUGAACCCAAAAUUCUAUGCUGCACAUGAUGCACUUCCUUCGCCCCGCGGAUGGCUAAAGCUCCCUAUAUAUUUGAGAGUCAACUGAUAAGUUCUAAUUCAACAGUCACACCAGCAUUCCUUUAUUUUAUUAAUAUUUCUACACUUUUUUAUUCUUCUUUGUACUUGUAGUAUUCAUCUUGAGUCAUUUAUUUUUUUUCAUUUUAUUCUAUUUUUCAAAAGCAUCUUCCUUUAAAAAAAAAGGCAUUCCGACCAGAAAAAUAGACUUGAUAAAGUUCACUUUUUCAAAACGAUCGGCGUUUCAUCAAAGAAAUAGGGAAGUUUUCUUUUGUUGUAUUUUAUGAGUUAUAUACAUACGAGGCUAAACAUAAUAUUGAGCUACUAAUUCCAGGCUCAAGACUUCCUCUACGUAAAGCUGUUUCUAUUUCAUAAAAGAGAAAACGAAAGAGACUAAUUUCACAGUUCCAGUAAUCUAGGGAUCGAGGGUUUAUUUAAGGUAUCAGCCACCCUUCAGGACCGUCCGCGCGCGGAUCGCUGUAGCGUUAGUUGUUUUUAUACAAACCCCUAUAAACCAUAUAUUUUUUAAAAGCUUAGUAAUUCCAGAUUAUGGAUUUGAACUAACAAAAACGAUUUACUUAAAUGUGUUGCGAAAUUGGAACGCUUUGUGUAAAAGUACACGUCUCUAUAAAUCAUGUUCCACUCCCGCCGGACAUAAACGGAAGAAAACAAUUAACACCGCAUUCGCUUCUCAACACGUUCCACUAAAAAACCGUGUCUCAGAUUUUUGACAAGUGCGUUUGUUUUUCUUUUAUUAGCAAAUGAAGUUGGUGAAGGCAAUUGGUCAACCCUUUCUGUGGAAAAAAAGCUCUAGCUUUAAAAUGAAAAGGAGUAUUAAAAUUCGCAGACACGGUUUUGUAGAAGAGAUAUAUGGCAUCACUCUGGCCAAAUUUUAGCCAAAUUGAUUGAAAGGCUGACGACUUGGAGUUCAAAACGUACGAGUCGAUCGGCAAAAUUUGCGUUCGGAGAUAAAAUAGAAAAUACAUUUUUGGCGGCAUCCUACCUGGAAUGAGAUUAUAACACCUAAAUGUUUAUUCUGAUUGAUAUCAGAUAGGGAUCAAUUUUCUCUAACAAUAGGACUUUGACAGGUAACAUGUAACAGGAACAAACUUUCGCGGCAAGCAAGUGAACAGUUUAAUUCUCCGUUGGGAAACUUCCACCCUUUUACACCACGAGAAGCACGGUUUAAUUCUUCCUCGAACAAAAGUUUUGCCUCUCCUUCGAUCUUUUUUGUAUGAUCCGCCCAGGCGUUUAUGCUGAUCGGCGCCAGGCCAACGAAACUAAAAAACUUUGAAGCCGCCAAAUGUCACCACCGAUUGCUCGAAGGCCAAGAACUGAGGCCCGGUUUAUUUCAAACGCUCUGCUCUUCUCGGAAGAAUUAAAACAGAAUUUGUCUUGUGCGACGGACAGCUUUCAUUCUCGCACUGGAUUCUCCGGGUAGAAACAAGUCCAUGCUUAGUCGCUACAUUUUCCAUGACUUGGACUCUUCCCUGGCAAAAUCGACAAGAUACAGACUCGUCCAGUUUCUCAAGCAGCUUUUCGCUCGAUACGAUAGCUCGACCGCUUAUUGUUUUCCACGUUCCAUCAGCUGAUGGGGUCGAUGAGCUUUAUUGGCUUUCUUCACCUGGCUCUUGAAGCUGGAUUUUGGAGCGGCUACACUCUCAGCAACUGCAGCAUUUUCGCUUUACUGAAUAUCCAACUCCUCGAGCCACUUCUCUUGCUAAUAAAAUUAGCCUUUGUCGCUCUCUGCCAAUUUUGCGGCCCAUUCUUUGUCAAACUCGCUCUUCGAUUUCUUUUUCGCUCUCGGUUUCGAUGACGAAAACGGACACGACCUUUUCUCUUUUUUUUGGCGGCAUUUUCACCGAAGCAAACGCUAAAUAUCCACGGAGAAUACUAAAGGCUAUAAACAACGCGAAGACAAUUCGCACGUGUUGUGUUGAAGCACGCACUCGGUAUCACGUUACUAGUUCACAUAUGACACGGGUAUGACAGAGCUUGUCAACGAUCAAUUAAGAUAAUUAACGAGAAAAAAUCUUUUACCCCCGAUAUCUUUGGACAGAAAUAAUAUUUUCUUCUAAUUUUUUUUUUAAAAGAAAGCUCUCAAGCAUAUCUAUUUGAAAACGUUGAAACCUGAAAUAUGGAAAAAUGGCAAUUUUAAGGGUGGCUGAUACCUUAAUUGAAUAUGGGUGGGUUUUCACACCUCUUGAGUUUUCAAGUUAUUUUUUAAGCCCCUUUUAGGUGAAUGCUGUGCGUUAAAAGUUUUUGCUUUAUCCAACUGUUGACGUCAUGGAAACACAACCUGAGAUAAAGUGUUAGGAAUGGGAAAGGUACCACUGGUCAGACAUCGUUUGUGCUACGUGACCAUCUGUUUUUUUUUCACUUAAGCCGAUAAAAAAGUUUUGCAUAGAUUAUUAAAAACGACUAACUAAUGGUCCAGCAAGAAGUAUAUCUGAUUACUAAAACAUUGUUCCCACACGGUAAGCUUAAAUUCAAAGGUUACUUAACGUUAAAAUGAUAAUAAUAAUAAUGAAAUAAAUACACUUUUCUAGUAUGAUGGUAGACAUAUAUGACCUACCGGCAUACUGCCAGUCAGCUAUAAAUCAUGAAUCUGCUUCCGUUAUAUUCGAAACUAAGGCGAGCUGAUAAAUUAAGUUCAAUCAACGCUUCUGAUACGCCGUUUUAAGUUCUAGUUCAAACAGUCAUGAAUUAUAAAUCAAAUGGCUUUACUUUUAGGAACUGCCAUUAAAAAUGUUUAAAGCUAAACAAAUUAAAAACACCCAGGGUAUAAGGCUGAUAUAAGUGUAUCGCAUUCAGCUACAGGGAUGUUCAGCUUCUGGUCCGUGGUUGUCUCGUGGCCUACUCGUUUGGUCUUUCGAAUGGUUACUGUGCUGAUGGUAGCGUCAUUAGCGAUGUCGAACUCUGAGUUCUGUGCGAGCGUAUUUGAAACUCAAGUUGGUAAGUAAACGCACGCAAUGUUUGUUAGAAUGGCAAAGUGAAGAUUCUCCUGUUGCGACAUUAUAUUACAAAAAAAAAUCCUUCAACACCAACAAUUUGUUCAAAUUUCGCAUCACCCUCUGCAACAUAAGCACAGCGUUACAAGAGCACUUUUCCACCGUACUAAAUGUCGGUAUCGUGUCUGAUUCCGAUGAUCUCAAGCAAGAACUGUCACAACGUUUCAACUGCCCUGCAACACUGCGGAUAUCCACCCUGGUCUAUUGCAGCUGCCACUACCCAAUCUCUUACUCCAAGAACAAGUCAAGCACAGGUCUAACUCCUGUAGAAAGUAAUUUAUUGUGCUCCCGUAGUGGGGUCUCCGAGAUUCUUCAAAGAAUCUUUAAGAAGCGUGAAGUUCACGUUUGUUUCAAACCCCAUAGCACCCGUCGUCAGCGACUGGUAAGACCAAAAUAAAAGAUGAAAUCGUGGCUGAGGAGAAAUUUGGGGUCAUUUACAAUAUCAGGUACAAGGAUUGUGAUGCAGAGUACAACGGUGAAACAGCAAGGAAACUGGGCACAAGGGCUAAAUGACUUAUAUGAACACCGGAAAUCAGUGCACGCCUUCGAUCUCAAGUCUACUGUGUCUGAACACGCUAAUUGGGACACAGGCCACUCCAUCGACGAGAUCAGUGUAGAGAUCAUUGGCCAGGAAAACCACCUCAUGCCUUUACGCAAGAUCCUGACGCCAGGCCAUUGACAUUCAUAACCGGCAACCGUAAAUGAACCGUGAUCAGGGCUACAACCUUUCCCCAAUUUAUGGAACAAUCUUCCAGCCAAAUCAAAACGAGGUUGCGGAUAACAGCAAACGUCACUACUGAUGAAGGAAUCCGGAUGGGUUCCAAAAGCUUUGGUAAACUUUCAACAAAUUGUUGGUGUUAAGGAAUAUUUUUUGCAAUUGCGUGAGUUAGAAUGGUUCUCGUAAACGUUUGUUAAUUUCAAAGCGGUCGAUAACAUAUUAAGAUUUAGUUUUCAAAGUCAAAUUAUUCUUAACAACUCCUCUAAAACACGUCGACAUUUUCAUACAAGCGGUAAUAUUUGGAAUAAAAGGCACGUCCAUUAUUUUUUUUUGCCCCAGUCACGGUUCAAAAUAUGGUUAACCCUAUCCACCGGAUAAAUCUCUAGGCAGUGCCGGAUAGAGCAAUUGGAUGUCCUCCAGUAAUACUUUUACACAAGAACUGUUGCCUGGUGUCUAACAAAAAAAAAUCUAUGCGCCAUUUUAUCACAUUUUCUCCUUUUCGGCGAAUUUUUUGUUUGCUUGUUUGUUUUUGUUGCGUUCACUUCUCCUUUCCGUUUUCUCUUUUUCUCUAUCUUUUUCUGUCUGUCUUUGACGUAAGUAUUUACAUCUUUCUUUCUUUCUUUUUCUCUCUCUUUCUUUAGUUAUUUAUUUCUGUUUUGACAAUACCUGCUUGUAUAGCAUCCUAGUAAAAAAAUUAUGUAAUCCUUCGUUUUCUUAUCCGGUUUUCAGACCAUACUUUGGUUGGUCAUGUCAUGAAUACGUCUACUGUGGAUAACAAGUUUGAAUGUCAUCAAAAAUGCAUCGGAAACAACAACUGCAAGUCGUUCAAUGUUCAUCCUGGUGUGGAUACCACAAAACGCGUUUGUGAUCUGAACAACAAAACACGGGAGAUGACACCGGGUGACUAUAUAAAGAAGAACGGAUCGUCUUAUUUUGGACACAUUAAGGUCAGUUCCGUCUUACGAAAAAGAAACGCAAUACUAUUUUCAAAAGUGUUUAAAGAAACCUAGUUAAAAUGCUGAUGAAAGACCUGUUGGG